AUAUCGUCGUUACAAUCAGUAUAUAAUGACUCGCAUUUUUUUUGUCGACUUCAUUUGUUUUGCCUUCUAACCUGUACAACGACCGCGUGCUUUUUUUUUCUAUCGAUUUCUUAAUUAGUUUUAUUUAAAGAUUAUUAAAGCAGACAUGGUUACACCACCCCCAGUUCUCUGGGCACAGCGAAAAACUCACCUCUAUGUCACAUUUUGCUUAGAGGACUGCAAAAAUCCGACAAUAAACAUCGAGGCGGAAAAAAUUUACUUUAAAGGUGUUGGUGGUACAGAACACAAGGAGCAUGAAGUUACUAUUAAUUUAUACGGAGAAGUAGACCCUGAAAAGACUAUUAAAAAUGCUAAAGGAAGACUCUUUGAAGUCUUGCUGUUCAAAAAAAAAGAGGGCCCUUACUGGCCAAGAUUAACUAAGGAAAACAAUAAAUUCCAUUGGUUGAAAAUUGAUUUUAACAAGUGGAAAGAUGAGGACGACUCUGACGCCAGCGGCAGCGAUGACGGUGGUCCAGGAAAAGGAGAAGACUUAGAAAGUGUGAUGCGUAACAUGGGUUACUUGAGUGGUAACGGCAAUGUAAAACCAAACUUGGAUGAUUUACCCGAUGAAGUAGACGAUGCCGAUAGUGAUGAUGAAGAACUUCCUGAACUCGAGUGAAAUUAUUUAAAAGACCAAAAAAGUAAAAUCGUUUUUAAAUAAAUUAAAAAAAAAAA